UUGAUACUCUAAAUGAAAUAGUCUUAAUACCAACUGAAUAUCAUAUAAAUAUCAAAUGGAACUUUUUAUAUUUUUUUUUUUUUUUUUUUUUGAAUUAAGAUGUUGAGAAAGAACAACCAAAGGAAGCUGAUAGGAAGAGGAGGAAUGCUGAUGAUGAUCAAGUCAAAGGGGCUAAGGAUAAGGAUAAGUGUAAAAUUUCUACACACGUCCCUACUCGCACCGCUGCUGGUAUUGAUAUUGUUGAUCUUCGUACUCCAACUCCUCCUCCUCCUCCUCCUCCUGUUGUUGAAGCAGUUGAGAAUGUAUAUAGCAGAAAGUCUUGGAGAGUUGAUUCUUCUGCUAAAAGGAAAAACAUUGUUGAUUUCGAUGCCCCUUCAUUCCAACUAUUAACUCCUAGUCCUGUUGUUGAGGAUCUUCCAUACAGUGCAGAGAGUGGUGAGGGUGUUGGAAGUUCAAUUCCAAUCAUCACUCCAGUAAAUGUAAAAUAUCCUCGAGUAAGUAUAGUUUUAGUUUCUGUUUUUUUAUUUUUCUGUUUCAGUUAGUGUAUGUUUCUUGUCAUUUAGUAUAUCUUUUAUUUCAGUUAGUGUAUGUUUGUUUGUUGUCAGUUAGUAUCAGUUUAUGUUUGAGUUAGUGUAAGUUUCAUGUCAGUUAGUGUUUCUUUUUUGUCAGUUAGUAUUAUGUUAUGUUUCAGUUAGUGUAUCAUUCUUGUCAGUUAGUAAUUGUUUAAUUUUCAUUUGGUUUAUGUUUCUUGUCAUUUAGUAUCUGUUUUAUUUUCAGUUAGUGUAUGUUUAUCUUUCAGUUAGUAUAUCUGUCAUCCUUUUUUAAUAUUUUAAUUGAAUGCAGGGUGAUGGCUCUUAUUCUGAUCAAUCAUCAUACAAAUCCUACAAACCUCAGAAACAAUCAAGUCAGAAAUCCCUUCAACACCUGAAUUAUUGAAGGGGUGGGACUAUGACCCUUCUUCAGAGAAAGUUGGGAAAGUUGUGAGAGUUAAGGAACCAGGUGAUGAUUAUGACGAUGAAGGUUUGGAGGACCUGAUUGAUAGGAUUGCUGAUCAUGGAGUUGAAUCAUCAUCUCACAAGGCUAAAAAAGAAGAGGAUGAGAAUGAAGCUGGUGUUGUUUCAUCUUCUACGCCUGGUUUGCAUGCUGUUCCUGUCAACAACCAUGGCAUAAUAUUAUGUCGAAGUUUGCAGCAUUAUAAUAGAUAUUUGAGUGAUCUGUCUCCUGACCAGAGGUUGCUGGUUGAUUAUCUAUUUUACAAUGAGUAUGAAGAUGUUGCAUAUAUGUCAUUGGAUACAGAUUCUGAGGAAGUGAAGAUGAAAAAUGACAUUAUGCAAAGUGAACUUACAAGUGAUCUCAUUGUGGAUUUUGAUAAUCCUCAUAGCAACUAUGCGGUUCAGCUGUACAAAUUCGACUUAAUUAGCAUGCCUCGUCAAGGUUGGCUGACAAGUGGAGUUAUUGACGGAUGCGUCUUCAUGUUCAAUAGGCAAGAAGAGGAAUCACCUUCUGCAACAAGGAGAUUUUGGUUUAAUAUUAUGCCUUUUAACUAUAUCAAUUGGUUGUGUGCUGAGAAGGUAAAAAAGGUUCAGUUUGAGAGUGAGAUUGCUGAAAAUGAGAUUAUUUUGAAGAACCUGGAGGGCACUAGGCAGUAUGAUCAGAAGUUUAAGGAAUGGGAAGAAAACAAGAAAAAGCUUAUUACAAAAGAUGAUGAUUUAUUCUACAAGAAAUGUAAGGAAGCUAUUUCUUCAUGGGUGAAAUCAUUUCCACGCAAUGAUAUUCGAGAAGCUGAACUGAUUUUUGUUCCUGUUCACAAGGAUGAUCAUUAUACUGUCUUGGUGCUGAACAAGAAAGCAAAAAGGAUUGAAAAUAUUGACAAUCGUACAGACAUGAAGGACAUUGAUAGAUAUAAGCAUGAGGAAUUUAACGGUCUUACAUACUUUUGUCGUGCUUUUGAUUCUUUUAUGAAAGAGACUAUGAGAUGUCGUGAUUUUGAUCGUCUCCACCAUUGGCAAACAUCAACUCUUUACUUCCCUUGGAGAAGCAAGGACAACAAUUUUGAUUGUGGUGUCUAUGCAAUCAAAACCAUGGAGCUGUAUGACGGUCAAAUACUAACCAUGCUGCACUUGUUGACCUAA